GCCUUAUUCCAAAUCCAAACUCGUUCGCAUCUUAAUGCAGUCUCUUCGAGAGGCUCUCAUCUCUCACGCUCAAUCCAUCAAAUCCGGAUUAAACUUGCCCAUUUUCACCUCCAACCAACUCAUCCACCUCUAUUCCCGCCAUGGCCUCACCCACCACGCCCAGCACCUGUUCGACGAAAUGCCCCACCGAAACGUCUACUCCUAUAACGCCAUCAUCUCCGCCCACAUAAAGUCACGCAACUUGGACCGGGCCUGGCAGCUCUUCGACACCGCUCCUUUGAAAGACUUAGUCACUUACAACUCCAUGUUAUCCGGAUGUGCGGGCAAUGAAGGGUACGAGGCUUGCGCGGUGGGGCUGUUUAGGGAAAUGCAGUUGCCGGAACGGUGUGUUGGAGUUGAUGAGGUUAGUUUGACUAGCAUGCUUAACUUGAGCGCGAAAUUGGAGGUGGUUGGUUACGGGAGGCAGCUGCAUUGUUAUAUGGCGAAAACUGCGAGUGAUGUGAGUGCGUUCGCGGUGAGCUCCUUGGUUGAUAUGUAUUCCAAGUGCGGGUGUUUUCGUGAUGCGUGGGGUGUGUUUAGUGCGUGCAGAGGGGUGGUGGACACAGUUGCGAAGAAUGCAAUGGUGGCUGCUUGUUGUAGGGAGGGAGAGUUGGAGAUGGCGGUUGAUUUGUUUUGGAGGGAACCGGAGAAAAAUGAUAAUGUGUCGUGGAACACGAUGAUUUCGGGGUAUGUGCAGAGUGGUUGUGUAGAGGAGGCGCUGGAUUUGUUUGUUCAGAUGGCGGAAAAUGGGUCCCAGUGGAAUGAGCAUACUAUUACGAGUGUUUUGAGUGGUUGUUUGGGUUUGAGGAACUUGAGACUAGGGAAGGAAGUCCAUGGUUGGGUGUUGAAGAAUGGGAUGAGUUCCAAUCCGUUUAUAAGUAGUGGCAUAGUUGAUGUUUAUUGCAAGUGUGGAAAUAUGAGUUAUGCAAAGUUGGUUCAUGAAGCAAUGGGAAGUAAAAAUAUGUUUUCCAUCACUUCUUUAAUUGCGGGUCAUGCCUCUCAUGGUAACUUAGGCGAAGCGAGGAUGCUUUUUGAUUCAUUGGCGGAGAGGAAUGUAGUAGUAUGGACAGCUUUGUUUUCUGGAUAUCUCAAAUCACAGCAAUUUGAGGCUGUAUUCAAGCUCUUUAGCGAGUUCAGGGAAACAGAAGUAAUAGUUCCUUAUGCCUCAAUUCUCAUUAGUAUGCUUGGUGCUUGUGCAGUUCAAGCUUCCCUGGACCCUGGUAAGCAGAUUCAUGCAUAUAUCUUGAGGAAUAACAUUGAAGGAGAUAAGAAAUUGUUCAGUGCUUUAAUUGAUAUGUACUCAAAAUCCGGGAAUAUUACCUACGCGGAAAAGAUUUUCAAUAGUGAUUUGGACAGAGAUAUAGUGGUUUACAAUGUGAUAUUAGCUGGCUAUGCUCACCAUGGUUGUGAAACUAAAGCUAUCCAAAUCUUCAAAGAACUUUUGAAGAGGGGUAUUAAGCCUGAUGCUGUCACAUUUUUAGCACUGCUUUCAGCUUGUCGUCACUCUUGUCUGGUGGAAGUUGGAGAGCGAUUUUUCAAGUCCAUGACAAAAGAUUAUAACAUAUUGCCUGAACUGGAUCACUAUGCCUGUAUGAUUGAUUUGUAUGGCAGGGCUAAUCAACUUGAGAAGGCAAAAGCUUUAAUGAUAAAUAUUCCUAUGGGGUUGGACACCAGUUUAUGGGGAGCAUACUUAAAUGCUUGUAGGGUAAAUGGAAAUACAAAACUUGCCAGAGAGGCAGAAGAGAGACUUCUGAAACUCGGAGGAGCUACAGGGGAUCGGUAUGUGCAGUUGGCUAAUUUCUAUGCUUCCGACGGAAAUUGGAAGGAGGUUGGGAGAUUAAGACAGAAGAUGAAAGGGAAAGAAGUCAAGAAAGCUGCUGGUUGCAGUUGGUUAUACGUGGAUAAUGGAGUCCAUACAUUUAUUUCUGGUGAUAGUAGUCACCCAAAAACGGACAAGAUAUAUUUCACCUUAGUAUCCUUGACAGAGGAGCUACAUCAGAUAUCUGGAGAAUCUAUUGAGGUGAUAAUUUGAAUGUUAGCAUCUCAAUACAAUUAUUGAAUGCUUUAGGAGAACCCAAUCAGAUAUAGUGCUGGUUUUUUCCAAGCUAGCACCCCACUCUCCACAAUAGAAUGGUGUGGCAAAUUCCAAGAACCACCACCCCUGGAAGUGACUUGCUGCUUUAUUCAUUGAUUUUCAUGUACCCAUUACGUUUGGGGCAAGCCUCUACUCUGCAGUUUACCUGAUUAAUAGAGUCAUUUAUCGUUUGUGCGGUCUUAAACUUCACUUGGAGCCACACCCUUAAUUUUCUCAAUGUAGAUCCAAAGGUCCUUAUGCCCUCAGUUUGCGAAUUGGCAAUGAUUUUGUAGUUCCUUCAAGAAUGGAAGUGCAGGGCAUGACAAAAGAGAAAGUAUUUGAUUAAGUCUAAUUUAUUGAAUGAGACCUGGUAACCACAAGAUAGUUAUCUGGAUGCUGUUGCAAUAAAGAUCCCAUUGAACACUAAGAACAUAAUCCACCUUCUCCAUGUAAAGGCGGGGACAGCUGAUAUGGUUCAAGCAGGGGACAAUUGAGAUUUAAGUGUUCAGCAGGAGGCCCUAGUUUGAGCAUAAAUCUGCAAAAGAAGGUUUCCUACUAUCUUUCUCAAUUUUUAUCCUUAUGCUGGUUAUUUCAGCAUGGGUUGGUAGGCACACACUUCAACUCUUGAUAAAUUGGGAAUUCAAAUUCUUUGGUUAUCCUUAAUUUAUUGUAUAUCUCUUUGUUAAAAAAGAAGUUUGAAUUAAAGUUGUUGUGACAAGGAGCAACCCUAUAUUAGCGAGUACUGCUUCCAUUAUUGUUUACUUACUCUCUUGAUCAUAGUGACUGUUGAGGAGCAAAUCAAUAGUCUGAACCUA